AUACAAUCAUGAGCAACAAAGAAAAUAACUUACCUUUAGACUCUCCCAGUACAACCAAAAAGGUAUGCAAGCUUAUCAUAAAACUGAAAACUAAUAUAGUGACAGAGAGAUCCUAAAGACUUGACAUUAAAAGAUACAACAACAAAACACGACAUGGCUAAUUUAACCAACACAAAAGAAGAUUCUAUUGAAUUAGCAAGACGUUCAGCAGUACAUAGUUUUAUUGAAACACCCUACCACUUACAAGAACAUGGUGUCGAACUUCCUCGUCCUUCCAAAAAGGUCAUUGAAGACAAGCCCUUACCUACAGAAAAAGAUGUUGCUAUUCAUAUUCACCAUAAACGCGUAUUAAAAGAGAAUGAUAACAAACAAGACACAAUCACAUCAUUACAAGCCAAGAUUGCUCAAGUUCAAAAAGACAAUACCAACAAAUCAAAUCAACUAUCCUCUAUUCGAGAUCAAAUCAAACAAAGCAAGAAAGCAAUCCAUGCAUUAGACCACACACUAACCCAAGUAACAACAGUACAAUCUACGAUUUACAAACUAAAAGAAGAAAUUGAAGAACAAAAGACAAUGUUUAUUGAAUUAUCGAGUAUGAUAGCAGACGUAGAUGCUUCAUGGUCUAGUUAUCAACAAGACAUUGAACAAAAAGAACAAGUCAUUGAGGAACUAUUAGGCCAAUUGUCUGUAGUCAAAUACCAAAUCAUGGAGCUUGAAGAAUAAAGUCACGAUUUUAAGAUAACGCA